UCGAUAGUUCUGUACCAUCUCCGGUACACCUAAGCUGGUUCGAAACAAUCGUCCGCGUGUUCUUUUAAAAUUCUGUUAGUAAAAUCGAUAAAAUGAAAUUCUUGAUAUUCCUUUCAAUCCUAGAAAUUGCUCUUAUUUCCAUCAAUGCGCAAAAAUCCUGCGACAGUAUUUUGGGUUGUAUGGGAAAUUUGGAGUGUCCAGAGGGAGAAUUUCUAGAGCCUCACGGUUCGGAAAAUGGCUGCUGUCCGGGUUGUGUGGGAGGAAAACUACUGAAGGAGCCAUGUAACGAAACUGUUCUAUGUGCACCCGGACUUCAGUGUGUUACCGAUGCAUGUGCACUGGAUCCAACAAGUUGCGCAUCGACGCAUCACAUCCAAGAGGGAGUCACCUGGAAGCCUGCGUGCGAUGCUGCCGGCCACUUUUGGCCAAAACAAUGUCAUGGAGAUAAUUUUUCCGGCCGUUGCUUCUGUUAUUCUUCCUUGGGGGAGCGGAUUUUUGGCUGGCAGUGGCGCUCUAAGGCCGCCGAUAUGACUUGUUCCUGCAGUCGUCGGCGGUCCGAUUUGGAAGCUCAGGGACGUCGGGAUGUUACCCUACAUUGCACCGAGGACGGAAGCUUCGAGCCACUUCAGUGCGAUGGGGGUGUUUGUUGGUGUGCCGAUCGGGAGACCGGAAAUCCGCUGCCCAACAUUCCGGUUGUGACCGAGUCGAUGUGGAAAAGGUUGCCCUGUUACAAUAUCCUCUAUCAGGGAACCGAAUAUCUGAGGCAGUGCGAGAGUGCCCGGUACGCCCAGGAGCUUAUGAGCACCAAGUUUAUUAUCCACGGACAGGUGAAUGUGACGUUAACGAAAAUCCACUGCGAUUACGAUGGCUCAUACGGGCGGUAUGCAAUCGACCGGGAUUACAUCUACUGUAUUUGGCGUGAUGGCAGUCAAAUGGAACCGUUCCAUGCGAUAGGUGCGGACCUGAGCACGGUCAACUGUUGCUGCAGUCGACGGCGGGCCAAACUGGAAGCCGAGGGUCGCACCGAUGUGACCCUGCACUGUGCCCAGAACGGGAACUUCGAGGAGCUGCAGUGCGAUUCAGGGUUUUGCUGGUGCGCGGACGAAUUCGAUGGGGUCCCCUUGCUGGGAACUUCGGUGGUUCCCGAGGGUCUGUGGAAAUUUCUGCCCUGCUAUAACCAAACUCUGCACGGGGAAUUUUAUUUGCGUCAGUGCGAAAGCUCGGCUUUUGCCCAGAGGGCCAUUCAGAAGAAGUUCGCCCUACGAGGGACCCUCGGAAUUACGUUUAAUGACAUCAAGUGCGAUUACGAUGGAGCUUACGGAGCUUAUAUGAUUGAAAAUGGCAUAGUUUAUUGCACCUGGCGAGAUGGCAAAAAAAUUGGCUCCUACCAGGUCCGUUCCAGUUUGGUAUCAUCGGUCAAUUGCAAUUGUGCCCGGGACAGUGUCAUUUUCCAGGAGGUUGGAAUCCCGUUUACCCUAGCUUGCGGAGGCAAUGGGAACUACGAAAAUCUCCAGGAUCAAAACGGGCAGCUGUUCUGUGUCGAUAACGAUGGCUACGUGGUGUUCACCGACGUUCGACCCAACGAAAGUUGUGACAAAUUUAUCUACAACUCGGUCUUCUACAAGGAUGACUAACAUACAUACAUCUAAUAUAAGGGGAGAAAGACGACGAAGCAAUUUAUGAAACCGAAAUAAAGUUGAAUCGUGCAAAAGUGAAUCGAAGCAAAAAGAGCAAAAACAAAAAAAAAACAAUCUUCUGGCCCCCGGUUAUGAAUCGUCGAUUUGAGGUCCCCUGGUGCCCUAGAUUUGCGCUUCGAUGCAGCAGCAAACUGGAGUCAACUGCAUUCUGUUACAGACGCUUCGUCUAAGUGGUAAUAUUUUGGGGUUUAAUUAUCGUUAGAGGGAUUUUUCUUUUCAAAUCAUACAAAGCUUUUGUCCAUAACAAAAUAAAAUCGCAAUGCGCGGGCA